CCUUAAUGAGCAUCAAUAUCCGAUCUACCGAUUCCACAAUGGCGGGAUGUGUGGUUAAAAGGUCCUAAUAAACAGGCGUGCUCUGAUGACAAUGGACCCAAUAAACAGAUCGACACCAGCCUCCUCCGUCACAAUGGACAGACACCGACACUUGACAGCGUGAUGCUCAUGCCGACAGAUUUUAUCUUCUUGCGUAAUUAAACCGACUAGAACCGUUCGAUCUUUCUAAAUACCGGAAAGACUAAGGCGCUCUGAUUUUCAGUCACUUUGUGUGAGGACUUAAUGAUAAUUUACUAAAGACAAAGUACACAUUGGUGAUGGCUGUAAUAGGUAACUAAAGAUCAUCAAUUUGUAAACGAUGGGUUGUACCCUGUCUGGAAUUGAAGAUGCCAACCGAGAGAAGCGGGAGUUGGAGACUUACGUAACAGCGGAGGACAUCCGGUUGGUGAAGGAAAGUUGGAAAAUAGUGGGUCAGGACUUAGACGGGGCGGGGAUGAUGGUAUUCCACAAAUUGUUCGAGAAGAACAAGGACCUGAAGAGGCUGUUCCAGAAUAUGACCCACACAGAGGCUGACGGAGAGCUGGUAUUGGACGAGGAGAGGCUGCGCGCGCAUUCCCGGAUCGUGAUGGACGGUCUGGGGGCCGCGGUGGAGAGUCUGGAGGACUCGGUGAUACUGACCAACAUACUGAUCGUGAUGGGGGAGCGCCACGCCGGCUAUAACGUCCGUCCGGAAAUGGUCAGCCUCCUAUGGCCGGCGAUCCGUGACACGUUUAAAGAAAAAUUAGAGGACGACUUUACACCCGACAUUGCACGUGCAUGGACUCACGUGUUCGACUACUUAAAAGCACGGUUUCAGGAGGGAAUUAGACGAGGACGCAAUCAGAAAAACGAAAUGUGAACACUGUUGAGUGCUGUGUAUAAUUUUCAUUCUUCAUUAAUAUUAUUUUGUCUUGUUUUUUUUUUAACAUGCAAAGUGCCUCGGUCUGGAAGGUGCUUGGACAACUAUGAAAUUCUCAGGGACAAAUUGCAGCGGUGUAGCCGUGCGUUUUUACAAAUUUUUUUUUAGAUAUAAUAUACACAAGUUGUUGUUGCUCAUAUCAAUCGCUUUAGUUUUCUUCUUACGACUAAGUUAGCCUCGAACCGAGAAAAAUGACAUUUGCAAAAGCACAUCUGCUUUGACAGAGUCAAUAUUUUUUGCGAGGAAUGGAGAGAUACGAUGUGAUACCGGUAAGUGGCCACGGAUAAUGGGGACAUGGAUGCCUCAAUGACAUUUUUCCUCGUUAAGUCAGAAGCACUUGGAUUUUAAUGGAGUGUUUAAUGUUUUAAUGUAGUGCAAAUUAACGCGCAUGUUAUUGACACCAGUCUAUAUCAGUAUUGUCUAAGGAGAAUAUGCGAGGAAGUGUAUAUUAGCAGGAGGCUUUGUUCACGCACCCGUGGAUCCAUUGACUGAACGUUGUUGUACAUAUUAAUGUAGCUGCUGACCUAUAGUUGUACGGGAUACAUUUAAUUUUGUCAACCUGAUUUUUCUCUAAGCCUACAGAGAGGUCUGUAACGAUCAAUUACACCCCCACCCAACCCUUUGAACGACGAGUACUCUGUAAACCAAACAAGCAACGAUAAUCUGCUCUGUCUGCCCCGUGAAUCUUUAUUGUUGUUAAUUGUGAACAGGAAGCAAUGACGGUUUAAUUCUAAUACAUUUGCAUUAUAACUCGGCUCUUAUAUCAGUCCAGGUAUUAAGAACGAUAACUUGCAAAUGUGGUAGAUUAUGUUGCUUUUCCUAUAUGACUGUAUAUAGCUAUAAAUUGUACUUAUACUGAUUGUGCGUUUGUUCUGAAGAAAUAGCAGACUGAAUUCCGACAAUGGGAGGCAUUGGUUCAUCUUGUUGGUUUUAAUUAAUAAACUCAUAUACCUGUA